AUGAGCAGUGAGAAGAAUAUUCACCCGGUUGCUCUGAGCGCAGCUCCAAUAACAUCAGUCCACAGUGUUGGUAGUCAUUUAGAAACACAAGAUCACGAGGUGAACUUGGAUGCUGUUUUGUCAAAUCCUUUGUCUAUUGGUGAGGUUGGUACUACAUUAACCGAUGCUCAGAAGAACUUUGUAUUGAGAAGAUUGCACUUUGAUGCGUUGACCAGUUUCGAUCAGUUACCACCAGAAUGUACGUUCAUUUUUGAGAAAAUCGAACAAAUGCCAACGCAAGAGGCCAUUGAAAUUUUGAAAGAUGCUAUUGCAGAACACGAAAAUGACGUCAAUGUACAAGAUCACGACUUGGAAUUGUGGAGAGAGUUGGUUGAUUACAACUCACAUGGGUUUCAUCACGCCGAAGAUGAGAAGAAAUCGGAAUCCUCAAUUGACGAAAAGGGAAACCCAGUGAAGGUCACAGCAAUUUCUUAUGGUGAUGAAGCACAUUCAAAUGACCCUUCAACCGGAAAGCCAGAGAUUGUUGACUGGGAUUUGCAAGUUAGGUUGGAAGCAGUCUUGAUUGCUUAUUGGUCUCCAUACCCUGAAGUCAGAGCUGUCACUCGUCCAUUUGAUGAUCCAACCCUCCCUGUUGAAACUUUUAGAGUCUAUCUUAUUGGUAUUAUCUGGACUGGUAUUGGUGCUGUAAUUAACCAAUUUUUUUCGGAGAGACAACCCGCAAUCACCCUAAACAUGUCUGUCGUUCAAGUGUUUUUGUACCCAAGUG